CACGAUUGCAUCAACACCACCCUCCUACAGUCCCACGCGCAUCUCGCCAACCCCCUAGCGCGAUCGUCGUGUCGUCCAUGUCCGCUGCAUGUGGCACACGUGAGUUGGCGUCGGGCUUGAAGUCAACACAUCCGUGCAGUGCACAGCCAGUCUGAAAUCACCAUCCAUGAGCGUCGCCACCAUCCAACCCGCUCUUCCAGUUGGCAAGCCGAAGAUGGACAACGAGCGGAAGCGGGCCGCCACUGCUGGUGAGCUCGAAGACUCUGCGGCGCCGCCGUCGAAGAAGCAGGCUACCAUGUCGAACGGCGCCGCUUCCGGCGAGGCUGCCGACGCGCCCAAGUUCGGCAGCAUCAACUCAACAUGGCAGGUCGAUCUCGAGACCUUCCAGAAGGACGCCAUACUGCGGCAGAUGAAAGAGUAUAAGCGUGAGAAGCAAGAUUUGGAAAAGUCCCUCAGGGCGCUCGAAGACCAGUCACGGCAUUACAAGGAAAAUCUGCGUAUGGUCGAUGCUUGGUGGAAACAGGUCAUAGACGAAGUCGUCGUUCUAUCAGGCGGAAGCCCGGAUCCAUCCACAUCGGCGUGCUUCGAAACAUCAUCAUUACUAUCUGUGGAUGCCAAAAACUUUCAAGAGCAUCUUGCCUCACGCAGUGAUGGGAUUAAAAAAGUCAUAUCAGCGAUAUAUUCCAAGAUCCCGGCAUCGACAUCCCCAGAUGUACAGGCCUUGCAAAAGCGUGUUAAUGAGUUGCUAGCUCAGGAGAAGGGAUAUAUCAACGAGUGUCAGCGCCUAAACGAGGAGCUUGAACUAGCAAAGUCGAGACUAGACGACGCCUCUUUCCGAUACAUGGUUGCUGAGCGAAAGUUAGAUAAGGCUAAGAGCAACGUGGUCGCUAAUAUCGAAAAGCAAGGCACGCUAGGGUCGUCAGUAUCCAAACAGGAUUCAGAUGAGAAAGCCAAUGGAGACACCGUGAACGGCAUCAAGAGCGAGGCGUCGGCCGCAGCCAGUGAGGCGGCUGAGCGGGAAAGAGCCGAGGCCGUUGCUGUUGCGGCGAAAGCGAAAGAGCAGUUGGCGCAGCUGGAGGAGCAGAACGCAAAGCUGACAACCGAACUGACAAGGGCGAAGGCGAGGCUCGACUCUCUUACGGAUGAAGAUUAUGCAGGGACGGAACUCUUCAAGAUCAUGAAAUCUAAGCUAGAGGAAAGUCUGCACAAGAUUAAUGACUUGGAGGCAAAGCACAUUGAACUGCGGGAGGAGGCAAAGAAGGCUCAGGCCGAGAGAACAGCGUACAGGACAAAGAUCGAUGACGAGGCUAUGGCAGCCACAUCCAGUACCGAACAGCUUCUGGCAGCAAGGGACGCGGAUUUGCAGAGAGUAAGAGCAGCGCGAGAUGAUGCCCACUUUAAGGCCGCAGCUCUAGAGCAAUCGCAGCAUGAUCAUAAGGCGACGGCCGAGUCUGCGGUUGCUCUCGCGAAUGCACGAGAAGCUCGUAUCCACGCAUUGGAGAGCGAAGUGGAAAGGUUAAAGAUUCGGUGUAGCGAGAUUCACGCGGACGUGCCCGAAGACGAGACUAGCGACGUCUCACAGCUGCAACAGAAGGUUGCAGAUUUGCGAAGGGAGUGCAAAACUUUGGAAAGCGAGCUUCCGUCGAUUGAGCAAGCAUACAAGAAAGCACAAGCAGCCGCAGCCGCUAAAUUUUCGGCUUACGAGCAGAUGGACCAACAGCUAGCUGCACUGAAAAUGGCUAAGGUCAAGGCCGAUCAGAAGUAUUUCGGCAUGAUGAAGUACAAAGAGCAGUUGGAGGCUGAAGUCAACACACUUCGAAAGGCAGACAAGACGAGCUCGGGGAUCAUAGCAUCGCUGAAGAACUCCGACUCAAAUUCGAAGGAACUUGUGGUGAACUUGGAAAGACAAGUAGCAGAGCAUUUGGACACAAUCGAGCGCAUGACUCAGGAGCGUUUUGGACUGGAGGCUAAGGCUAACCAGGCAGCUAUGUCUGCCACCGCUUAUCAGAAACAAGUCAUGCAGCUUAAAGAGGCACUGAGUGAGAAAGACUCGGCAUUAUCAGCAUCGGAAAGCUCCGUACGAGAAAGCCAGCGUGAGGUUGAAGCUCUUAAGGCGCGAUCAGAAAACCAGAUGGCCGAGAUCAAGAGACUGAAAGCAGCGGCAAGCGCCAAUGACAGUGAGGAAGUCAAAAAUCUACGGGCUGUCGUAUUCUGCAACUGUGGAAGAGGACUCAAAGAUACCGUUAUCACUACAUGCGGUCACAUCGUAUGCAGGGAAUGUGUUGAUGACCGCAUCUCAACGAGGCAGCGCAAGUGUCCCAUGUGCAUGAAAGCAUUCGGUGGCAAGGACUUCAUGCGUGUGCAUCUUGCUUGAAAUCGAAUAUUGGGAUUGAGAGCCUUGUAUAUUCCUCUCCAACUUCUUUCGGCUUUCUGCAGCACUUUUCGAAGCUACGAACGGAUGACUGAAAUACUCAAGGCUGGGAUAUUAUGUACAAAAUGGGCAAUUGGCCUCGUAAUGGGAGAGUCUCGGGACAGCUUGCGGCGAGUUACGGAUGAUUAUUCCUGGCGAUAGACAUGUCAAGACUCCCUUUAUCCUAGUCAUAUAUAGCGUGAAGACAAGGCACAUUCUAGCAUUGUCUUUUACAUUUUUACCAACGCAGACGAAGCGAGGAAACGUUCGCGCGGCAUGAUUAUGUCUUUGGAAAAUUA